AGUUAACCCGAAGUCAGAACCUUUGUGUUACUCAAUCAAAAUCAUAAUUCCAUUUCAUUCUACACCACUCUUUCUCGUUCCCUCUUCCAGGUUUUCCCACCACUUAGCUAGAAUAUGAACGAAAUCUGCAACGUUUGAAGGGCCAAAACCUGUUGGCGCCAUCACGCGUUGCAGAACUGGUUGAACCGUUCUAAUUUUUUCAGAUUUGAAGCUGAAAUUGGUUGCAUUCUAGCAGUGAGGAAACACAUUCAGCCAGAGAGGAUUAAAUAGACAUAGUUCGCGAAUAUGUACAUUCAAAGGGCACCAAGAAUGAAGGGGGUUCUGAAAGGCCUUAAAAAAAUUACUCAAAUCUUUGAUGAAGAGAAGGAAAAGGAAAUGCAGAUUGGUUUACCAACAGAUGUAAAGCACGUCGCGCAUAUAGGAUUGGAUGGACCGUCAGCUGAAUCUCCAAGCUGGAUGAACAAGUAUAAAGGACCGGAAAAGGCUGCAUCAGCUCCACUCGACUCCAAAGGGGAAGCAGUACAACAGAGAGCGCGAUCAGCUCCUCUUGACAUCAACGGAAAUUCCAUAGGCUCCAUAGAUUCCCCGAGCCAAGAGCCGAACAGAGACAUGCCAAAUAUUCCAAAGGCGUCAAGGAGACGAUAUUCAGCAGAUAAUCUGACAAUUGAAACCAAAGACUUGGCCACCAAAUCAAAGGGAUCAAGGAGACACCGCAGGAAAAACUCCUCCGAAGGGAGUGUUGGUAAAUCAGGCAGGCGAAGAAGUCAAAGAAAGAACUCGGGAUCUUCUGAUCGUGAGGGUAGUAGUAAUUCAAGUUGUAGCAUUGGUUACGAGUUAGCAUCACCAAUACCAUCGCCAUCAAGUCCAACGCCAAGAAAUCUACCUGACAUUCCAAAGAGUUCGCGACGAAGGAAAUCCAGAAAAUCAAGAGCAAGUAGUGGUAAUGAGAGUACUCAAAACUCCUCGAGCCGAAAUCCUCCCUUGGUAGUAGAAGAGGCAGAAAGGGAAUAAGUGGUCAUCCGGAAGGAAGUGCUUGAUUAUACUUUUUUUUUUUUUUUUGAUUUUUUUUCUUUAGUUUUGAUGAAUGAAUUCUUCGUUGGGGAUGCGAAAUAUUCAACAUCUUCACUGAUUUUGUUUGUAUAAAUAAAAUCCCAGUUAUGCUUU